CUCCCCUCCCCAGGAUCAAACAUGGCGAGCUGAACUGUACACCUGCGCUGCUUCUGCUGCUGCUGCCGGGCUGCUGUGAGUUUGUGGGGCGGAAUGUAACUUUUCUCGCGGUGGUUCAUCACUGUUAGUCCGGCGGGUCCUGAACGGGCGCGUGUUUGUGAAGCUGCUCCGCCGCCUCGAUGAAGCCUUUACCGGAGCCAUGUAACAGCGAGCAUCAGAAGAAAGGCUCGAGCGCCGCUGCCCCUGGGGAGAUGCCGAGCGCGGAGGAGGCGAAAGCUCCACCUGGAAACACGGAGCUCCGCACGGAGAGUCCAGCACAGGUGAAUGGCUUCAGUGUUCCCCAGAGCAGUGUGACCGGUGCUGCUGCAUCUUCCCCACCCUCUCCGGCUCAUUCAGCAAACCCCCAGCUUCCCAGAGAGCAGUGGGGCGGCAAGUACGAGUUUCUACUCUCCUGUAUCGGCUACUGUGUCGGCCUGGGAAAUGUCUGGAGGUUUCCUUACCUUUGUUACCGGAAUGGUGGAGGUGUGUUCCUCAUCCCGUACUUCAUCAUGCUCUUCUUCACGGGCAUGCCCCUCUUCCUCAUGGAGCUCAGCUUGGGCCAGUAUGGAGCUGCAGGUCCCAUCACUGUCUGGAAAUGCUGUCCACUGCUUAAAGGGAUCGGCAUAGGGAUGCUGUGUGUGUCCACUUUAGUGUGCCUCUACUACAAUGUCAUCAUUGCUUGGACCUUUUAUUACCUGGGUAGCUCAUUCCAAAGCCCACUGCCAUGGUCUUGUGAUGCUAUUGCUAAUGCUAAGCUGUGUCGGAACAACACCAAUGGCACACUGAGUCCGUCUGAGUUCUUCUGGAAUGAGCGUGUCUUGGGGGUGUCACACAGCACGGGCCUGAGUAACCCUGGGCCUGUGAGGUGGCAGCUAGCUCUGUGUUUACUAGCUGCCUGGGUCAUCAUUUUCCUCUGCAUGCUGAAGGGCAUUCGGAGUUCAGGCAAGGUUGUGUAUGUGACGGCCACCUUUCCCUACCUUGUUCUGGUAGUUCUGAUCAUCAGAGGGGCCACUCUGGAGGGCUCUUUACAGGGUGUAGCUUUUUAUCUCACUCCAGUCUGGGGGCGACUGGCUAAUGCACAGGUAUGGAAUGAUGCAGCGUCACAGAUCUUCUACUCAUUAGGAAUUGGAGUAGGAGGACUUCUGUCUAUGGCCUCCUACAAUAAAUUUGACAAUAAUGUCAUCAGGGAUACCCUGGUGAUCACCAUAGGCAACUGUGCCACCAGCUUCUUUGCAGGCUUUGCAAUCUUCUCUAUACUGGGCCACAUGGCCUGGAGGAAGGGUGUGCCGGUGGAAAAAGUGGCAAUCUCAGGUCCAGGCUUGGCUUUUGUAGCAUACCCAGAGGCCUUGGCUCUUCUUCCUGGUUCAGUUUUCUGGGCCAUUCUAUUUUUCCUGAUGCUCUUUAUGCUGGGAGUGGACACACUGUUUGGUAACAUGGAGGGGAUAACCACAGCAGUGCUGGAUGAGUUUCCUCAGCUGAGGUCCAACAUGAAGUACAAGACCCUGUUCCUGGGCCUGCUCUGCUUCGGAUUCUACCUGAUGGGCCUGUUGCUGGUCACUAAUGGAGGGAUAUACUGGUUCACCCUCAUUGACUCAUUCAGCACCAGUUUUGGGCUCAUCAUUAUCACUCUCUUCAUGUGUCUGGGCAUCUCAUUCUUUUAUGGGGUGAACCAGUUCUGCCAGGACAUAGUAGACAUGAUCUGUCUCUGUCCACCCUGGUGCACCAAGGUGCUGCUGUACUUCAAGGCAUGCUGGGUAUUCUUCACACCCUUCUUGUUACUGUUCAUCCUGACCUACAUCUUCAUUGAGAUGUACAGAACCCCACUGAAGUACGGACAGUACAUAUACCCGCUGUGGGGCAAGGCACUGGGGGUGUGUAUGGGAGCUUUUUGCUGCCUGCAAAUCCUAAUAUGGGCCACUGUUGCUGUCAGUAAAGAGUCUGGCACACUAAAAGAUCGCUUUCAGAAAGCCAUCCGGCCGCUCAACUCCUGGAGAGUCAACAACCUGAACGGCAGCACUCAGGAGCAGCACGUGGAGCCAGAGAGAAUAGAGGGACCCUACACUGUCAACCUGACUGAGGUGGACUUCACCGCCAUGGCCUGGGAGAGUAGUGAGGCAUAACACUGCUCUGUUAGGAGAGAGAGCUACCUCUUUCACAGCCACGGGAGAAAACUCACACUGCCUUCAGUGAUUGCACUCUCAAGAAUGAAGUGUUCCAUAAUAACACACUUUUGUGUUAUACACCUGGUGUCAGACAGCAGGAACACAGUGUGUGAUUGGAACAUGGACAAACAGGUGUGUUGUUUAACACUACACUCUACUGAGAGUGUAGAAAGAAAAUCAGACUCCAUAAUAACUGCACCAACUGCAUCUGUUGUUCAGUGCUUCAGCAGUGCCGUUUUCCAUCUAAUUAUCAGUGGAGCUAAAUUUGCUUUUGAAGAACAAUAGGCCUCAUUCACCAAAACCUUUCUUUUUGAAGAAUGUACGUAAAUGUGUUCAUGACAAAUUACAAAAUAUUCAUUUUGUUUUUUUUAUCCAAUUUUAUUAGUGAUUAAUAGUUUAGUAAUAGCGAAAAUACGUUUUUGAAACAAUAAUUUCUCUCCAUAUUCAUAAAGAUAUGAACCUGAUAUUGUGUGACUAAAAGGAACCACCUUGUGGUGAUGGAACAGACUUCCCCUCAGGACUUUGACCUCCAUCACCAACAGCACUACGCUUAUGCGUACAGAUCAUGUCAUGUGCCCACGAAUCGUAUAUGCAUUUGAUUUACAACCACAUAUGAUCGGAUCUUAUUCUAAAAGAUUUUAUUUAACAUAUAGCCCAUUUAACACAGCCCUUAAAGCCCUAAAGGUCUACAUCAGAUUCAGGAUGUCUGCAGAAUUGUUUACAGCUGUGUUCUUUAAAUAAUAGAUUUCAUUGUCCUUGUAAACUGGAACAAUCCUGUUUAAACAUAAGUACAUUCAUAAAACUGCACAAAUGCUUUUAAGAAGAAUGUUUUCUUUAUGUUGGUUGUUGAGUAAGACCUAAUGUGCUUUGAAGGAUUUCUCAUUUUAGCCUGAAAACUUGAGCCUAAUGUUAACUGUUACCUGUUCAGUGGGAAAAGAGGUCCAUUCCUUGGAUUUAAGGUAUCUGGCUAACAGAGAAAUCCUUGUGGCUUGUGGUGUCUUGUUUUUAAAAUCAUCUGAUGAAUAAUACUUCAAGCUCUGGCCCACAGCCAGCAACUGGGAAGCAAUAAGCUCUUCCCCAUUGGGGAUCCAUCAGAAUGACAUUUAUCAUUCAAAUGAUCCUCCAACAAAUCAUACAUCUCAACUUAUUUCAUUAUUAUCCCACUGUACCUUAAGGCCAAAAGUGAGUUAAAAUAAUAAAAGUGAGUGGGAGCGACCAAAACGCAGUGAACGUAAUUUCUUUCAGUUCAUUUCAUGUUUAUCACUUGACUGUCUCAGUGGUUUAGUACCCAGAACAUGGAGAUUGCGUUUAAUUUAAGACUUUUAUCUUCAUUUUUGUGUAUUGAUUGUAUUUAUCUAUGGAUAUAUCAGAUGGGUAUUGUUGUUAUUUUUGUUUAUUAUAAAAGAGUUGUAAAAUGUUUUUAAUGCUUUCAUGCUUCUAUGAUUGUAAAUGGCAAACACAGAACCACAGUGUGUACUGUCUUCUCUAUGAGGAAGGAGAGGUACUGUAUGUUUACUCUGGGCUCUAUGGUAAAAGCUUGGAUUCACUGGAA